UGACUUACGUCAGUGUGGGUGUUUCGGUGUCGGCAGCCAUUAUUCUACGUAUUAAAUUGCAAUUUUUGCUGUUUUGCAUUAAAGUAUUUCUAAAACAGAGAAAUUAACUAUUUUCUAUAAUAUCUGUAAUAUUAUAAUUUUCAGUUGAAAUAUAUUUAUACUGUGAUAAUGAAUCCGGAAUACGACUAUUUGUUCAAACUUCUCCUCAUUGGUGAUUCUGGUGUGGGCAAAUCUUGCCUACUGCUCAGGUUUGCUGAUGAUACAUACACAGAAAGCUACAUCAGUACUAUUGGUGUAGACUUUAAAAUUCGGACUGUAGAACUAGAUGGGAAAACAAUAAAAUUACAAAUAUGGGACACAGCUGGGCAAGAGCGGUUUAGAACAAUCACAUCAUCAUAUUACAGAGGGGCACACGGCAUCAUCAUUGUUUAUGACUGCACAGAUCAGGAUUCAUUCAGCAAUGUGAAACAAUGGCUGGAGGAGAUUGACCGCUAUGCAUGUGAUAACGUUAACAAGCUUCUGGUUGGAAACAAGUGUGAUCUUACCACCAAGAAGGUUGUCGACUACACAACAGCUAAUCAAUACGCGGAGCAGCUCGGUAUCCCGUUCCUGGAGACGUCUGCGAAGAAUUCUACGAAUGUGGAGCAGGCGUUCAUGACGAUGGCUGCGGAGAUUAAGGCACGCGUUGGUCCGCCAUCUGCUGGCGCACCACCUGGUGCAGCAGUCAAGAUAGAUCAGGGCCGUCCAGUGGAUACCGGCAAGUCCUCCUGCUGCUGAAUGCGCACACGGCUGGCAGCGAGAUGCAGAGCGCGCCGGCCGCCGCACUCACAACAAAUGCAAUCACCACAAAAAACCUUUCACGAUCGCAAAUUUAUUAUAAAUUAAAUUAAAUAAAUAAAUUAACAAUAGUGUUGUGCGCAGUCGCGCUACGUAACCCUAUAACUUCACUGCACUGAUAUUAAUGCAUAUUGUUAUCUCUUUGACAAAAUAGAGACUAAAAUAUGUAUUGAUACAAGUAAGUGCAGUGGAAACCCACUGCAACGCCAGCUAACUUCUCCUAAGUUGCUAAUGUCCGAUAUAUUGUUAGUUAAAAGAUGGUGAGAUGUAUGGGUGUAUGUUUAUACAUGUUUAUAUAUAAAAUGAAUAUCGUAGGUUAAUUAUUUUGUGCUGUAUUCCAAAAUAGGGAUCAUCUGAAUUGAAAUUUGGAAUGAACGGAAUGGAGUCUGUGUACUAGGGAUGUGCGGUGUUGUGAUAAGAAAUAUCGAUUACAGUUGUACGUGUUUUGGAAUCGAUUCU